AUGAUGCACUAUGCAAUUACUCAGAUGCGAGAAUCAGAAAGAUAUGAGAGAUGUAUUCUUGGGGAGUUACUGAGAGCUGAGGAUGAGGGCAGAAUUUCAAAUGAAGCUAUCUAUGGAAUUUUAGGAGAUAGUUUUAACGCAGGAAUCUUCACAACAUUCACGACUAUAUCUGGUUUCCUCAUAGCCUUGAUCAAUUACCCAGAUGUGCAAGACAAACUCCAUAAAGAGAUUGAUCGGGUAAUAGGACGCGAUAUGCAGCCUGCGUUAUCUGAUCGUGAGAAGAUGCCAUAUAUGGAAGCAGCAAUUCUAGAAACACUACGUUACAUGUCCAUGGUUCCUCUUGGUAUUCCUCAUAAAACUACACGUGACACAAAAAUAUCUGGAUGUCAUCUUCCAAAGGGAACACAAGUUUGGAUGAACUUGUAUGGCAUGCACCACGACAGCCGUUACUUUAUACUUGACCCAAAUGUGUUUAAUCCAGGAAGAUUCCUCGAUUCAGAAGGCAAUCUCGUUUCAAAAGAAGAAAGAAAAAAAGUACUUGCGUUUGGAGCAGGACGUCGCGUUUGCAUGGGGGAAGUAUUGGCAAAAGUCAGGAUUUUCUUGACACUCACCCAGCUCUUACACAAAUUUGUAUUCCUCCCCGACGACCCAGAAAGGGUCAUCCCAUUUGACAUGAAGUCCUUCGUAAAUACACCGAUGGCUUUAAUGGCACCAAAGUUUAAAAUAAUAGCGAAAGUUCGUUGAAGCUAGGAAGAGAUGGAACAUUUCCGACCACUGUAUAUAGUAUAGGGUAUACGCAGUCCAGUUAGAAACUUCCGAGACAAAGCUCUAUUUUAAGAAACGAAGUCGAACGAAUGCAAAGGGUAUCUUUCAAGGGUUUAAAGAUAUGGCUGGUCUUAGCAUUUUUAGUUCGUCUGACAGAACUUUUAUAAACAAACAGAUGCAUUAUUUCUAUGAAUGCAAAGUGGUUCAACAUUUAUGGGAUAUGCAUUUCCCAUGUAUUGAGAGUAAUAGAAUGUUGUUUGGCAACAUUUAACUAUCCAGGACUGCAUCCAAGAGAAUAAUGCGACUUAAAAAUUGUAUAAUCACUGGUAAACAGGAUAAGAACAUUUUAGUUGACUGUAUAUUAAAUUCUGAGUUUUUGAAAAUGUAAGGCAGGUAUAACUGCUUAUCCACUAGAUUAUGUAUUGUACACGCUGUAAUAUUAUGUAUUUUUAAUUCCGAUUGAUUGAUUGCAAAUGUUGUAAAAUAGGCAACUGUUCCUUCC